UUGCCAUACCCCCUGCGAAAAAAACCAAUAGAAAAGCAGAGCCUCUUGAAAAGCUCUGCCGUUCUGAGUUCGAGAGAGCUAAGAAGAAGAAGAGAGGAGAUCGUCGAGGCAAGCAGAGGAGCUCCGCCGCUGGCAACCAUGGACGCUAAGAAACACGUAGCCAAUUUCGGCGCCGGACCAGCGAAGCUCCCACGAUCGGUCCUGUUGGAAGCCCAGAAAGAAUUGGUGGAUUAUAAAGGCCUUGGUAUUAGUGUCCUUGAAAUGAGUCACAGAACAUCUGAUUUUUCAAAAAUCAUCAAAGCCGCUGAAAACUGCUUACGUGAACUCCUCAAUAUACCAGAAAAUUACAAAGUGAUAUUUCUCCAAGGUGGUGGAUCUGGCCAAUUCAGUGGCAUUCCACUUAAUCUCAUUGGGCUUAAAGAAGCCAGAUGUGCUGAUUACGUGGUUACAGGAGCUUGGUCAGCCAAGGCAGCAAAAGAGGCAGAGAAAUAUGCAAAGGUGAACCUUGUGCAUCCCAAGCUUUCAAGUUACACAAAAAUCCCUGACCCAAGCACUUGGAACCUUAAUCCCGAUUCCUCUUAUAUCUAUUAUUGUGCUAACGAGACUGUUCAUGGUGUGGAGUUUGACUUUGUACCUGAUGUUGGUAAAGCAGUUAUAGUUUGUGAUAUGUCAUCAAACUUCCUCUCCAAACCAGUGGAUGUUUCAAAGUUUGGUGUCAUUUUUGCUGGUGCCCAAAAAAAUAUUGGUUGUGCCGGAGUCACAGUGGUAAUAGUGCGUGAGGAUUUACUUGGCUAUGCUCUGAAAGAGUGCCCCAUUGUGUUGGAAUACAAAGUGCAAGUAGAAAACUCUUCGUUAUACAACACACCUCCAUGCUACAGUAUCUACAUCAUGGGCUUGGUCUUGGAGUGGAUAAAAAACAAUGGUGGUGUUAUGGCUAUGGAUAAACUCAGCCAAAUUAAAUCACAAAUGAUUUAUGAUAUUAUCGACAAAUCUAAUGGAUUCUAUGUAUGCCCUGUGGAAAAAAAGAGCAGAAGCAGAAUGAAUGUUCCCUUCCGGAUUGGCAGCAUUAAGGGUGAUGAAGCUCUAGAAAAAGAAUUCCUUGAAAAAGCUGUAGAAAACAACAUGAUAUCCCUGAAAGGUCACAGAUCUGUGGGAGGAAUUCGGGCAUCUUUGUAUAAUGCGGUGACGAUCGAAGAUGUGGAGAAGCUGGCAACAUUGAUGAAUAGCUUCAUGAAGCUGCAUUCAUAACAAACUAAAGUAGAUGAUGUUGUGGUGAACCGCCUUUGAAACAAACCAGCAAAGAAUUAGUAACUAGAAAAAAGUUAAUACAAAAUAUUCCAUGGCAUUAUAUUUUUGAAACAAAGAUAUUGAUAUUUUUUUCUGGCCAGUCAAAUUUGCAUAGCAGUUUUGGCUGACUUGCAGAUUUCACCCUAAAACCAGUGCUUGUUAAUGUGACUGUAUAGUGAUCCAUAAAAGGAUUGCUAAGAUUUUAAUUUUUAAACAGAUCAUAUCGAUUAUAAGAUACCAAGAAUUAUCUGAAACAUACAGUCUUCGUGUCACACACAAUCCAAUCUUGUACAGAAUAUAUUUAAGUAUACUUUGUUACAUUUUCCCGACAUUUGUUUCUAUCUUGGUUUAUUUAAUUUGAAGUCUAAAUCUUCAGAAAGACUGCCAUAAGCUUGAACUGUCCACUUUUUCAAUGUCUGAUCAUUCCAAGUCCAUAUGACUAAAAGUGCCUAAAGACAUUGCUGCCAAUUAUGCAGACCACAGGCCUCAAUCUGGCAAAUAUUUUGAAACAAUAUGCUAAUGAGCUGAAGGCCUGGCUCAAUUGUUAUUUUCUAACUGUUAGCAUAUAGUUAACUAUACCAAGGUGGAGGAUUUUUUUUAACUUUUAAAAUAGUACAUUUAAAUCAUUUUAGCAAUCUUAUGUUCUCAACACAAAAGUAACAUUUCUUUUCCUACCCUUUUCCCUUUUGAAGUCAACAUUACUUUAAUGUUUUUAUAAAACCGAAUUGAUCUCUUAUUGCAGUCAGAUGUAUAACUUUUUUUGGAUCAGAUGUAUAAUUUGGCUUUUUCAGAAAAGGCAGCUUCAGUAAACUGGGAUUAAGUAUAUAUUCUACACACUCAAUUCAUAAAAUUAAAUUUAAAAAAUUGGAAGGAGUCCAACUCCCUUCCCACUCCAGAGUUCCUGUCCUCAGCCCUGCAUGUCUCCAUCUAGGAGAAUUGGUUCCUUUGAAACAACUCAUAUUCUUUAUUUUUGAAUGUCAUCUUCAUAUAUUGUGAUCUUCAUACAUUCUCCAUAUUUACACCCUCAAUCCAAUUAUCUCACCUGUCCAAUAAUGUUUCUCUUUAAAAAAAAAAGGAAAACAAUUAGAAUCUCAUAAUUAAUGCAGAAUUUUAUUGCAUUUGAUAUGGGUUCAGAAUUAUAUUUGGCCAUAUGUUGUGUCCUGGGAGAAGCAUUGAGAAUUAUAUGAAGGUGGGGAAAGUGUCCAUCUGCAGAGUAAGCUAUAUUGUUCUUAAUUCCAACCAUUUUUAAUCAGAUGUUAUUCACUGUCCAAUCACAUCUAGAUUUAAAAGCAUUACAUUUUGAGAGAUCUGUCUUCCUCAGUAUCUGCAUGUCCUGUUAUGAUAGUUGAUGUACUUUGGGUCUUUCUAUUACAAAGUGUCAUCUGAUAUCAUGAUGCUUGACAUCUGGAACAACAUCCCCCUCCUUGGGAUUUGUAUUUGUCUUGUUCAAACCUGGUUCUUCAAAUGUGGCAUUUCACCCAGCUUUGAAUUAAGUUGGGUAGCAGGCUCUUUUGAUGAGCUGUUGUUUUUACUCUUUCCAGAUACAUGCAAUUUUAUUUUCUUAGUGUUGUUAAUUUGCUUUUAAUAUUGUAUGUUGCUCAGAGUCACUAUGAGAUCAGUCAACAUUGCAAAUAGGAUAAAUACGUUUUAAAUAAGAAUUGGCUACUUUAGCUUAAUACUAAAAUUGCUUAGGAUUCCUUCAGAAGCUGCAUUGCA